AGGAGGGGAGCAAAGAAAAAUGAGCUUUCUUAAACAAAUCAUGUGCAGAGGGACAGGCUGCCAGGGCUCGGGCGAUUCUCGGCGGGUCUCUGCUCUGUUCCCUGCCGGCCACGAUGGAGGAAGAAGCUGGAGUGCUGAAGGAGGGCUUCCUCGUCAAACGGGGACACGUUGUUCGUAACUGGAAAGUGAGAUGGUUUGUUCUGCUGCAGGAUAAGCUGCUGUAUUACAAAAUUGAAGGAGGCAAGAAGGAGCCUUCUCCAAAGGGCAGGAUCCUUUUGGAUGGCUGCACUAUUACUUGUCCAUGCCUGGAAUAUGAGAACAGACCGCUACUCAUCAAACUAAAGACAAAAACCAAUACAGACUAUUUCCUUGAAUGUUGCUCCAGGGAGGAACGUGACUCUUGGGCUUUGGACAUCACUGGAGCUAUUCAUGCUGGUCAUCCAGUACAGGUACAAGAACUUCACAGAAUGAAGAACUCUUUCAAACUGCUAGAAAAUAUCAGCCUCCACAAUAUAGUGGAGAGAAUGUAUGACAGCAGCACUGGAAUUAAGCUGACCCGCAAUUUGGAUCAAGGCAACAGAUACAAAGAGACCUUCACAGGUUCUGCCCUGGUGGACUGGCUCAUCUCCAACAGCUUUGCUGUGUCACGAUUCGAGGCUGUCACCUUGGCAUCCAUGCUGAUGGAUGAGAACUUCAUCAGGCCUGUGGGAGUCCGCAGCACCGAGGCCACGCGCUCCAGCGACCCCUCCGAGAAGUUCCUCGACGACUCCACCGCACUGUACAUGUUUGCUGAGAGCAGUAAGAAAAAUACUAGUUCCAAGGAAGAGGUCCAUUUUAACAUCUCUGAAUUAAGUGGCACAAUUGUGAAGCAAGGAUUCUUAGUGAAACAGGGGCACAAGAGAAAAAACUGGAAGGUGAGAAAAUUUGUUUUGAGAGCUGAUCCUGCUUUUUUGCACUACUAUGAUCCCACCAAGGAAGACAACAAGCCGGUAGGUGGAUUCUCUCUUCGUGGCUGUCUUGUCUCGGCGCUGGAGGACAAUGGAGUCCCAGCAGGAGUGAAGGGCAAUGUGCAAGGCAACCUUUUCAAAAUCAUCACCAAAAAUGACAUUCAUUAUUACAUCCAGGCCAGCUCCAAGGCAGAGCGAGUGCAGUGGAUCGAGGCAAUCAAGCCGCUGACAUGAGUAAUGUGGACUCCAUGCCAAAUAACAAACCACAUUUAUGACCAA